CGGCAACCUGCUGUCCUCCGCUACGCCUGUGCCUUCCUGAGGAAGACCGGCCAGCUGCCACGGCUGUGAUACCCUCAUAGGACUAACCCAGGCCUCAUAAGGAUCACUGGAACUUCGCAGUCGUAACAACAACAAGGAGCUCCUGAGCCUUACAGUGAGUGUUCUUCAGCCUCACCCUCAUCUGGCCUUCCAUCUACCUCUCCUCAUUCAACUCCUCCUCUUCUUAGUCUUCCUAUUAAACUGGUCUGGAAGUUAAACAUUUGCUAAAUUUAAUCCUUUGACAGAGUGACAAGGGGAGCAGAUGGCAGAUGACAUAGAUGAACUGCUAGAUGAGGUCGAGGACAGUCUCAGUCAUGACUCCAAUACUUCCUCACCCAACAUGAUGGUCAGUGAGAGUGUGAAAACAGACGACCUGAAGGACCUGCUGGAUGACAUUGAUGAGCAGCCACACACUGACCUCCCUGAACACCCUUCAUCCCAGAGCAUCGACGGCAGGUGCAACAGUCCUCUCCUAGCAGGCAUCUCUGUUCCCCCAGGCAUCUCUACAGGUGUCACUCAGAGAGCAUGUGACCGCCUGCGGUGCCUGAAGUGCGACAUGAUGGUGGUGACAAUAGAUGGCUUCUGCUGGUCUGACACCAUCGACUACCUCUUCCUGCGCAACAACUAUCCCGACAUGGACCGCCUGUGUGCCCGCCUGGAGCCACAGCGUGUGGGCCGCGCCUAUGCUUGUCAGUGCCAGCACUGCUCCCUCACUGAGCCCACCAACUUGGCCUGCCUUGAGGGAAUCCAGUGGGUGUGUGGCGGCCACUCCCUAGAUGAUGAGACUGAUGACAAUCCCGACGCUUAGUUUGGUAGAAACUGUACUGCACACAAGCUGUGAGGGUGUGUGGUGUCAACAGCAUAGCAGCUCAAGGGAAGGGAAGGGUCAUCAGGCAGCAAAAUUAGCAACCAUCCCAAUACUUAUUUUGAUUGACAUUGCAACACCUGUAGGCUGUGAGGGUGUUUAGGAUCAGCAACAAAGUAGCUCAAGGGAAAGCCCAGUGUGUGGUGGCGGCAUACACACUCCCAACACCAAAAUUAGUGGCCAUUCUAACACUUAGUUGAUAUUGUAACAACUCAUAGGCUGUGAGGAUGUUUGGCAUUGGCAACAUUGCAGCUCAAGGUCCUACAAUUUGAACUGUUUGAAAAGAGAAGUAUCACGAUAACUCUAAAACAAAAUUCGCAAACUUGGGUCUCCUGUCUAGAUAGUAUCAUUUUGGGGGUGGCUUAUUGAGCAGACUUUUUUCCUUCUCAUUUUUUUAUGCUCUUGGGCUCACUCCUGAAUGCAAAAAGGGGAAAAGCUGUAGGGACAUAAGUACACAGCAAUUGGCUUAGCUUGCUUUAUCCUGACAUGUGGUUGUGGCAAAAAAAAAAACAAGCAGAGGUAACAAGGAAGAAACCAAAAUUAAAUACUGAGCUAAAAUGAACACCUAGGUAGUGUAGUCGUUCAGCCAUAAUGCACCUCCUCAUUUGUGCCACUGAUGUGCUUCCAAGGUUUUGUUUGAAGUCGCUGUAAACGUGCAACAACUCUGAAAGACCACUGUGAGCUAAUCCAUCCAGCUUGCACCAUCACCAUGUUAAGACUUCAGAACACAGCUACAACAUAUAUUCAUCCAUCUUGUACCAUCACCAUGUUUAGAAUUUGAAACUUGGCAGCAUUCUGAUCCAUCCAGCAUCUCCCGUCAUUCUCAUUGAAACAUAGCUAGUACAAAAUGAUCCGUCCACUUUGUGUCAUCGUCAUCACCGUGGAAGAUAGUAAGUAGAUGAUAAGGGCAUAGUAUUCUUCAGAGUUGUUAUUUAUAUUUUAUCUAUGUAGUCCAAUUGUUCAUUCACCUGCUUGUCAUCUCCCUCAUAUUUUCCAUCAAAGCUUUCCUUCUCUCUCUCUCUCUCUCUCUCUCUCUCUCUCUCUCUCUCUCUCUCUCUCUCUCUCUCUCUCUCUCUCUCUCUCUCUCUCUCUCUCUCUCUCUCUCUCUCUCUCUCUCUCUCUCUCUCUCUCUCUCUCUCUCUCUCUCUCUCUCUCUCUCUCUCUUUUAUGGUACAAUUAUUCUCCUUGGAAAGUUUUAUUUGAUGAUUUGUUUAUUCAUUUAGUUUAUGCUGCACUCACUUCCAGCGUGGUUCAUGUUUUCUCUGUCCUAAUUCCUUCAGUAGCCCAGUGUGACAAGCUUUAUUCAGAUACCAUUACAAAAGUUUAUUCUCUCUCUCUCUCUCUCUCUCUCUCUCUCUCUCUCUCUCUCUCUCUCUCUCUCUCUCUCUCUCUCUCUCUCUCUCUCUCUCUCUCUCUCUCUCUCUCUCUCUCUCUCUCUCUCUCUCUCUCUCUCUCUCUCUCUCAAGGUAUAGGUGUUUGAAAUAUUUAUGUAACUAUUCACUUCCUUUGUGUUUUGUGUUUUCUCUCAGUCACAACUCUCAGUAGCCCGGCAUCACUUCAUCUAUACUCAGGAUAACAUUAGAGGAUUGCAUUAAGUUUAUAUUGUAUUUAUUUAUUUUUAUUUAUUUAUUAUUUUUUAUCUAUUUAUUUAUUUAUUUGCUUUAUUUUAUUUAUGUUUUUUAUUUUAUUUUAUUUAUUCUAUUUUUUUUAUUUACUUUUUAUUUUUAUUUUUUUAUUUAUUUUUUUAUUUAUUUUUUAUUUAUUUAUUUUUUUUUUUUGUAAUCAAGGUAUUUGAAUUGUUUCUAUAACUUUAUUUACUUCAGUUUGCCAAAUAGGUGAUUUUAUGGUGUUUAGAAAUAAUCUGAUGUACUAAAUGAGCCAAGUCCUUUAAUUGGCUUAGAAUUUAUCAGGGGUAAGGUUUUACAAAUUGUCGGCAAAUCAGAGAACUUAAUAUUGAGGGAAAAUCUAGACCAUAUUUUUUAACAUUUUGGCAUCUAAUCUCCACUACUUUAGGGAGGCUGCAGUGGAAGUUAUUGGGGUUUUCAAGGAUGCUUUCAUGGUACCAGGGAUAUAGUGUUAAAACAAUCCUGCACAUUCAUUAAGAAAACGCCAAUGGAAACCCAACUGAUUGUCUCCUGUGGCUUUCAAAAGUAGUCCUUGACAGGCCCCAAAGUGUUUCAGGAUGUGGGUCUAAACACACUGGAAAUAGUAAGUAGUGGAGAUUAAUCAGAUCACAUGACUGUGUUGUGUUGUAUUGCAUUGUAUUGUACUUCACUGCUUUACAUGUUUUCUAGUCAGUUUUUUAUUUAUUUAUUUUUAUUUUUCUCCUGUUUUGUACCUGACAGCAGAACUAGGUGAGUAUCAGUGCACCCGUCGUGGUUGUUUUGUAUUGCUAUAGCACUGGUAAGUAAGUCCCGUGUGAUGCUACACGGCUCCAACAUUUCCUUGAAUGUGAGUUUUUAGCAUGUUUUUUUUUUUUUUUUUUUUUUUUUUUUUUUUUUUAAUAUCAAGCCAUGUACUAAGUUUUAAUGUAAAGAGCACCAAAGAUCAUGUGAUAUAUACACCCAUGUAUUUAAUUAUAUGACUUUCUUUUCCCUUUGAUGAAUGUCGAGUAUCAUCUCAUAAGAACAGAAAAGAGUUGCAAGGAGCCAGUUGGCCUUCAUGUAGUACCUGUAGUACAUAUAAAGCAUAAACGCCUC